AUGUCCAAAGCAAAGGCCCGCAAGGCUGCCCGCUCGACUAAAGCCACCUCAAAACACAGCGCAAAACCCAAAGCCCCCCCAGCCUCCAAAACCCUAAAGCGCAAACUCCCACCUACAACUACCGGCCCAACCCCCAAGAAAGCCAAAGCCUCAAAACCCUCUCCCCAAAUCGUAAAGCCCACGAUCCCAUUCAACCCACACGAGAGAAUACUCCUAGUCGGCGAAGGCGACUUCUCCUACGCCGCCUCCCUAACAACCCACCACCACUGCACCUCCCUCACGGCCACCAGCUUCGAUUCUUCCCCCGCCCUCCUCUCCAAAUACCCCCACUGCACCGCGCACCUCUCCUCCAUCACCGCCGUGCCUACAAGCAGCAUCCACCACGGCAUCGACGCCACCAGCCUUUCCAAAACCCUCCCGCGCGCCGCCAGAACCUACAAAUACGACCGCGUCGUCUUCAACUUCCCGCACACAGGCGGCCUCUCCACGGACGUGAACCGCCAGGUGCGAUACAACCAAGAGCUUUUGGUCAAGUUCCUGCAGUCGGCGAAGAAAUUGCUGUCGCCCGCCCCGCCGCCGUCUACGAUUCUUGUCACGCUGUUUGAUGCGGAGCCGUACACGCUGUGGAAUAUUAAAGAUCUCGCGAGGCACGUGGGGCUGAAGUCGAUCACCUCGUUUGCGUUUCCGUGGGAGGCGUAUCCGGGGUAUGAGCAUGCUCGGACGGUUGGGGCGAUAGAGGGGAAGGGGAGUGCGUGGAAAGGGGAGGAGCGGGCAGCGAGGACGUAUGUGUUUGGGUUGAAAGAGGAGGUGGAAACGGGGACGGAGGAGGGAGAGCGAGAGUGA